AUGGUGGAGAUGGGAACUGAAUGUGGAAAGAGCUUUAAUCAGUUACAAGGCCUGAAAAAACAUCGCACCAUUCACAGUGGGGAGAAACUGUACACGUGUUCUGUGUGUAGACAAGUCUUCAACCUAUCAUCCAACCUGGAGAGACACAAGGACACCUGCACCACGGAGAAACCAUGGAAAUGUGGGGACUGUGGAAAGGGCUUCAGAUCCCCGUCUGUGCUGGAAAUUCAUCGACGCAGUCACACCGGGGAGAGGCCGUUCACCUGCUCCGUAUGUGGGAAGGGAUUCACUCAGUUAUCCAGCUUACAUACCCACCAGCGAACUCACACUGGGGAGAGACCAUUUAAAUGCCCAGAUUGCGGGAUGUGCUUUAAAAAUUCCGGGGAACUGAGGUCCCAUCAACGUGUUCACACUGAAGAGAAACCGUUCAUAUGCUCUCACUGCGGAACUGGGUUCAGGCGAUCAUCUCAACUCACUGCGCACCAGCAAGUUCACACUGGGGAGAGACCAUUCAUUUGCUCUGAAUGUGGGAAGGGAUUCACUCAGUCAGCCCACCUGCUGACACACCAGCACACUCACACUAGGGAGAGGCCAUUCAUCUGCUCUGAGUGUGGGAAGGGAUUUGCUCGGUCAUUCACACUGCUGAUACAUCAGCGCACUCACACUGGGGAGAAGCCGUACACCUGCUCUGAGUGUGGGAAGGGAUUCCGUGUGUCAACCACCCUGCUGACCCACCAGCGAAUUCACACUGGGGAGAAGCCGUUCACCUGCUCUGAGUGUGGGAAGAGAUUCAUUCGGUCAUCUCAUUUGCACAGACAUCGACGCACUCACAGUGGGGAGAGGCCAUUCACCUGCUCUGUGUGUGGGAAGGGAUUCACUCAGUCAUCCCACUUGCGGAGACACCAGCAGGUUCACGAGUGACUGCAGGGGUUGGAUUCUGCUGGUUCAGCUGCUGUGAAUCACAUCCAGGACUGAACGUGUAGUUCAAUUCUGAGAUAUGUAAGAAAUGUGUCCCAGCCGCUCUCUUCCAUCAUUCAUAGCUCCUAGACAUGGAAGAGAAGGUAUCUUUACAAUUGGGUUUAGAGUCAGGAAGAACAACGGUGAAUACUGGAAACGUGCUGUCAAAUCAGAGAUUGGUGUAAAACUGAUCUGUUCCUGACUGAAAGUGAAACGGCAGCUUUAGAUUUCCAGUGAGUAUGGUACGAGGAUUGAAAAUGUUUGUGUGACAUUCCUGAGUCUACCAACGAAAUGCAAUAACAACAAUAAGUUGCAUUUAUAUCGAACCUUUAACAUAGUAAAACAUGUCAAGGUGCUUCACAGAUGAUCAAAAACUUGGUCAAAGAGGUAGAUUUUUAGAAGUAUUUUAAAGAAGGAGAGAGAGAGGUUUAGGGAGGGAAUUCCAGAGCUCGGGACCUUUCAGGAGCUGAAAUCACGGCCUCCAAUGGUGGAGUGAAGGAAAGGGUCACAAUUGGAGGAGCAUAAGGAGCUCAGAGGGUUGUAGGGCUGGAGGAGGUUCCAGAGACUGUCUGUCAUGGAGAGGGGUUGCCUCCAUGUUGCUUCAAGCACGGCUCUGAAAUAGGUCCAUGCAGGUCAUGACCACGGCCGUGCAGGAGAUGUCUGCUGCCUUAAGCAGGAUGACAGACACUGUAUCUGUGACUUUACAACACGUCACUGAUCUCCACCAAGCUGGUCUGCAGCAGAGUGGGAGGAAUGAUGUGACUCUAGUCCAGGAGAGGGAUGAUGGAGAAAGGAGACCUGGAAGUGGGAACUUUACUCAAAAGCGUUCCCAAUGCUCACGCACUACCCCACCAAACACACGUACCCCCCAGGCAGUAGCCUACACACUGCCCCAUCUCCCACCAGCUGAAUCUGCCCCUGCACAGAUACAGGUGGGUCAGUCUUUGCCGGGACCCUGAAGGGCUCUGAAACCCAGAGGGUGGAGACCACAAGCCUCUCGGCAGUGAGAGCAGGGAUGUGAGCAGCCUGUCUCUCCCUCUGCUGAAACCACACAGGAUGCACCAUGUAGAAGCAAUAGGAAGGGUCUGGGCUGGAAAUUGUAAUUCACCAAGGGUGCACAGGGGAGUUUGAUAAAAUAUUAAUUUCCUUUUUAAGUAAUAGCACAGAAAAUGUAUUGAUUGGAACCAUUUCCAGCUCUUGUCCAUUCUGACAUCCCGAGGGCCAGCUCACCCUCUCACUGGGUUCAUGUUGAAUGUCAAUCCGGGCUGGGAGCCAUUGGGUGGAUGUGCAAUGGGUGGAUGAGUGGGUGAAGGAAUAUUCAGUGAACGGGAGGUGGGGAGGGGGUUGGUGCUGCUGAUGGGAAGUAUUCAUCCUGAAAGAGUCCCACCUGAAACAGUGACCAUUCAUUUAUCACUUUGAAAUGAUUGAGCUGCUGUGUAUUUCCCCAUUUUUGUUCUUUUAGUUUUCCAGGAUUUAUGUAUAUGUUUUCUUUUUAUUAAAACAUUCUUGUUGUAACACUGAAAUCCAGGGGAUUUUAAAUCUGUUAAAGUCAAUCCCCAUCGAGUACACAGGAGGACUCAACUGAUGCUAACUUUUUCUGUUAUCAAUAAACAAAGAUCUUACAAGAUGUUUAUAUGAGGAAUUGCUUUUCUCUGAGACCAGGGAUGGCCAAACUAUGUCCCAAAGUUCAGAUUUGGGCCUUGAGCCUGGGCUAUCGGGCCCACAUACAUGGAGCACCAUUACUCAAUGUCCUUCAUCUCUAAUCUAAAUCACUCCACCAUUACUGGCUGUGCCUUCAGCUGCCUGGGCCCUACGCUCUUGAAUUUCCUCCCUAAACCUCUCCACCUUUCUACUUCACUUUCCUCCUUUAAGACACUCCUUAUAACUGACCUCUUUAACCAAGCUUUUGGUCAUCUGACCUAAUAUGUCCUUAUGCUCCUGUGAAACUCCUUGGGAUGUCUUAUUAUGUUAAAAGCUCAAUAUAAAUAUAAGUUGUUGUUGAUGUUGUUGUCGCUCAGUCAGACCUGAUCACUUACUGAGUGAGUGAGUCUGUAUAAAUGUAACUCAGAUAGUCACAACUUGUUAGAAUAGACCUGGGGAGAAGGAAGCUCUGAACUAACCACUGGACUUCCUGUUCUCCACAAUUGGGAAAAGGUGAUCCUUUCCAUAUAUUCAAAAUGACUAAUAAAGUCAUUAAUGCUGA